UGGGGUUGGGGAUGUCAGAUGUCAUCAGCUCCUGGGGGGCUGAUAAAGUCACCACGCAGCCAGGCAGCCAGGGUGUCUGCAGAGGUCCCCUACCUCUUGCCACCUCCUGCCGCCCGACAGUGCUGCACGAGCUGGGUACGAACCCCCAGGGAGCCUGCUGCCUGCUCUCCCAGGCCUCUCUCUGCCUGUGUUCUUCCUCCUCCUCUCUUCUGUUUUCUCCUCUGUCUCUGUCUGCUUCACUCUCUCCCUCCCCUCCCAUGCUGUCUUUAUAUUUUCCCCCCAUCGUCCAUUCUUCCCCCUCUUUUCCUACUUCUCUUUCAUUCUUUUCUCUGUGUCUCUUUUUCUGUCAACCUUGGGUUACUCCCAUUACCUUUUUCUGAUUUUCAGUGUCCUCUUCUUUGCCUCUGUCAUCCUCAGCCACCUGGUUUUGUGUCUCACUCUCGAUCCUGAAGUUGCAGGCCUCAGGACCAGAGGGCCCGGGAUAUGCUGUGGGCGUCCACUGUACCCCUGGGGCAGGCCGGGAAGAGCAUGUCUUGCUGGCCAUCCUCCUGGCGGGUGGGACAGGGCCCUGGCUUUGAAGUUGUGGCAGCAUCUCACCCCGGGGCCUGGGCUGGAUCAGCCACUGUCUGGGCAUUUCUUCUCACUGCCCAACCCACUGAGUCCACUGGGUGGGGAGGAAGGAGUACUGGUACCCAGACCACGGCUGGGUCAGGAGCUUUGCCAAGUUCCCGGGAGCAUCCUCGGGGCUGGCAUUGCCAGAGGAGGACACUCAGGGCUUGGUGCUCUCACGUUCGCCCCUUCCAGGCUGCCGGCUCCGACUGUACCGGGAAGACUGUGACUCCCAGCCAGUUAUGCCCCUGCUGCUCAGUACCGUGGGCCUGGCAGGCCUGCUCCUCUGGGCAGGUCAGACAGUGGAUGCCUUGAUAAUGCCCAAUGCUACCUUAGCCCUGGCCCAGCCAGGGAGAACAGCUGUGCGACCCCUGAGUGCCUUAGGGGUGCCCCAUUACCUCAGGAAGCGGCACAUCUCUGCCUGGGACAUGAACGCCAUAUUGGAUUAUCACAAUUACAUUCGGGCCACCGUGUAUCCACCUGCUGCCAACAUGGAGUACAUGGUCUGGGAUGAGCGGCUGGCCAAGUCCGCUAACGCCUGGGCCACCCAAUGCAUCUGGGACCAUGGACCCUCACACCUGAUGAAAUUCUUGGGCCAGAACCUCUCUGUCUAUUCUGGCCGGUUCAGCUCCAUAGUGGAUCUUGUGAAGCUUUGGUCUGACGAGAAGCAGUAUUACUUGUUCCCGGUCCCAAGCGAAUGCACCCCGCACUGUCCCUGGCACUGCAAUGGCCCCAUCUGCUCCCACUACACCCAGAUGGUGUGGGCCUCCUCCAACCGGGUGGGCUGUGCUGUCCACACCUGCGGCAGCAUCAACGUGUGGGGAAAGACCUUGUACCAGGCCGUGUACCUGGUCUGCAACUAUGCCAUGAAGGGCAACUGGAUGGGUGAGGCACCCUACAAGAUGGGGGCCCCUUGCUCCGCCUGUCCACUCAGCUACGGAGGCAACUGCAAAAGCAACAUGUGCUUCCCUGGGCUCAACUCCAACGGGCUCCAGUGGCUCUGAACCCUCCCAGCGCUCGGGGGCACCCCCAGCUGGGCUUGGGCCUCCAAGAAUCCCUCCCCAGUGAUAGAUAGCAUCAAGGAGUAAAUGUUUUUCAG